AUGCUUCCCUAUCGCAGCAGAAAUAGUGCUGUAGUUAAUACCGCCGCUGCUGCAAUUCGUCAGUGCACUGGAGCUGUUUUCGAUCAAGCCUGCAAGGACGUUCCCCCAUCUUCUUCCGACAGUGUUUCCUCCAAUGACAAAACUAGUGCGUUUAAGUUCACCCCCGCAUCAAAGAGCGCCUUCUUUUUAUUUCAAGAUCUCUGUUUGUUGACGUCCGGCAGCGUUCCUCAUUGGUUUCAAGGCAUCGAAUCCAUUUCCCCUCUCCUUGGAUUAGAGCUAAUUGAAUCUGUUCUCCUUAAUUACUGUGACCUCUUUAUUAGGGAAAAAGAGUUUCUGCACCUCCUGAAGGAGCGCGUGUGUCCCCUGGUCACCAAACUGCUGGCCCCGGACGCGCAGACAGGCGGGUCACGCGACCCCGGUGAUGGACCCGGUGUUGCCGCGUCGAGCGCACCCUCGGUUUUCGGCAUCCACGUUCGCCUCAACCGCAUCGUUGUUCUGCUCUGCUCGAAAUACUUUGCGUGUCUUAACGCAGAAUGCGGGGUCUUAUUGUCCACGGUAAUGCGCACCGUCGACACCGAGACUGCGAUGUGGCGUCUGGCCCUUGCUCUGGAGGUCAUGUUCAAGGUCAUUUCGCUGCCGGACCUAUUGGUGAACAUUUGUGCCACAUUUGACUUGGCAAAUCCUCAAUCCCGUGUUUUCCGUGGACUUGUUACUACCGCAAGUGGCUUUGUCCAAUCAACGCUUUUGGCCUCACAUGUCCCUAACAGAGAUUCAGUUGGAGCACCUUCGGGAAUGUCUGCAGGGCAUCAGCCGUCACAGAAACCGGCGUUAAUCUAUCGGGGCGGCAAUUUUGUCAUUGCAGAUGUGCAAAAAUUUGCCAUCCUGGAACUGCUGGACAGGCUUGAGCCUCCUUGCCUUCCCGAGGGCUAUUCACUUCGUCUGGCAAUCAGCUGUCUACUGCAAUUUGUUUGGUCCCUACAACAUGUCAUCCAACGAGUAAAAUCGUCUGAUAAGCCACAAACGGAACACAAAAUGUUGAAACUUUCGUGGACUGGUUUGCUUCCUGCGCUUUCGCUCCUGCUUGAGGCUUGCGCCGAUGAAAAACUGACCGAUUCGUUUCUUCUGGCUGAAAGUGUGAUGGUCGUUCUCAGCAGCCUGUGUGGCCUGGGGGACUCUCGAGAGGCCUUUGUUGCCUCUAUUUGCAAAUCAGCUCUCCCUUCACUCUCCGUUCUCUCCGAGAGGCAGUACCUCACGUUAUUUGCAAUGUGGGGUAUCAUUGGUUGCUGGAUUAUCCCACUCACCUGUUACCCCACCCCCCCUCCAGUUUCCCCCAAACACCGCCAGCCGCCUCAGGUCUGCGACGAGGCCACGGAUCGCAGCCCGGUUGUGAUUGUGGUGAAUGCCAACCACGGCCCAGGAAACCUGAGUCUCGAGGUGUCCUCCUCCUCGUCGUCAGGCGGCAGCUCCGUAGACGUCCCACCCGGCACCAAUGGGUCCCAGGCGCCUUCUUCCCUUUUCAUCACGGCCAAGCACAUUCAAAUCUCCAAGUCUCUGCUGGAGUUGGCCAAGACAAACGGGUCCUUGCUGGAGUCAUCCUGGUUUCCGGUGCUCACAACCAUGCAGCAACUAGUGUGGAUGCUUGGACUGAGGGCAGCUCCCUCAGCGACAGGGUCGUCGAUGUCGAAUGCCCAGAACGCACCCACCCCAAUGAGCCUCGACACGAGCUUCUUUGAGAAUGCAAGUGCUCCCAACAUAGCCACUCAGGGUGGCGGUGUGGUCUCCAAGGUCAUCUCGGAAUUGCCUACCCUCUCGCAGACCCUCUCCUUUGUAUUUGAGCAGUCAAAGAAUUUUGACGAAAUCGCUCUUGGCUAUCUCAUCCGAGCACUGUGCAGUGUGGCGUCGGAGACUUUGGAAAUCUCAACCACAAACCGGGUAAGCCUUCUUGCACUGCCGCCUUUCCCACUCCACUGUAUCAACUAUCAUUAG